CCAAAGGCGAACCGAAUUUCAGUUGACUCGAAUCGCACGAGUCGCGAGGAAGCAAAACUAAAGAACGCUGAAAAACCCUCAAUAAGUGAAAAUCGUUUGACUUCGCCUUAGGCCCCGACACAUAAAAACAAAAACCAAGCGACAUAAUGGCUGCCACCGAUAUCGCCGAGGAGGCCUUUCACUUGCGCCUGGGCUAUCUGAAGCCGGAGACCGUGGAAAUCGCCCGUGUGGAACUCCGCGAAACCGAAGAAGUCAAGGCGGAGGCCAUCAUCAAGCUACGGGAACUGCUCAAGGCCACGCCCGAGCUGAACUACAAGGAUGACGACGCUUUCCUCACAGUUUUCCUGCGCGCCUGCCACUUUUAUCCCGAAGGAGCUCUGGAAAAGAUGAAAACCACAGCCAGCUUCCGCAAGGAGUACGCCUCUCUGGUCCGCGGACUCCUGGUCGAGCAGGUUAAGGAGAAAUUCGUGAAGGGCAGUGUGAUCAAUGUGCUCAAGAACUGCGACCAGAAGGGUCGUCGUGUGCUCAUCGUGAACUGUGGCAAACUCUGGGAUCCCAGCGAUAUUACCAGCGAUGAGAUGUUCCGCAUGCUCUACAUGGUACAUCUCGCCGCCCAGCUGGAGGAGGAGACCCAGGUGCGGGGCGUGGUCUGCAUCAUGGACUUCGAGGGACUGUCGAUGAAACAGGUGAAGGCCCUGUCGCCGAGCUUCUCCAAGCGAUUGCUCACAUUCAUCCAGGAGGCGAUGCCCCUUCGCAUGAAGGAGGUGCACUUCGUGAAGCAGCCGUUCAUCUUCAACAUGGUUUGGUCGCUCUUCAAGCCCUUCGUCAAACAAAAGCUGAACAAUAGGAUGCACUUCCACGGCAGUGACAUGAAGUCGUUGCAGAAGUUCCUCGACCCCUCCGUCCUGCCCGCCAACUACAAGGGUACUCUGCCCGCGAUCGACUACGGUGGCGUCGAGUGGUUCCCCGCUCUGGAGCAGCAGGCCCAGUAUGUGGAGGAGUGGAGCCAGCUUGGCCCUGCCCAGUGGUGAUUGGCCCCAUUUCAAUACUACACUGACAUUCGCAUCCUACAUUGACAUUAGCUUAACUUUAUGCUUGUAAAUACUUUCAAUAUGUGUUUGCUUAGUUCGUAACAUUUUGGCAAUAAACUAGUUACAUAAUACUAUAAACCACG